UACCCAUUAUCACUUAUGGAUGUAAGGACUGGACCCUUACAAAGUGCAGAUAUUGCUUUGUAUUGGAAAAAAAGACCCAUAAACCACACUGAGAUUUUAUGUGAGAUGUGUAUAUUGUGGGAUGCAUUGAAUGGAAACCAGAAAGCAGAUUCAUAAUCCUUGGCUGGAAAUGCAAGUACAUCUGGUGGAUUUAUAUUUGCCAACAAAAUGUAUAAAUGGUAAAUAACAGCGGAUAUGUUAUGCGUUUUAUUAUGCAGACCUUAUUAUUUUAUUAUACAUUGUUCCUUUCACUUGCCCACUUGUAAAAUCGCGUAAAGCCGUUUCAAAAUGAAAAUCGGUCUUCAAUGUGAACACAAAAUCAGUGCGCACAUUUGGGUAUAAUUUGUGACAUUCAACGAUGAGUCAUAGAAAAUUGUAUUCCGAUUGGUUCCUAAAAAUAAAUUGAUGGUAGAUGGUUGACUCAUUUGAAAAAAACCGAAGCCAAUUGUACAUUAUUGUAUGAAUGCCACCAAUCAUGACAAGUAUGAAAAAAUGAAUGCAAAAUUGACACAGAUUGUCACCGUCUUGACUAUUUCAUUCUGAAUUCGGCGUUCAGGGGAGGUGAGCCACGCUUGCAAAUUGUAUCGGUUGCUCCUCCUACAACGUUCAAAGCUCCUCUUUGCUGGAACAUUGAUGCACGGAGUAACGUAAUUUAUGAGAAAUAGAGACAUAAUUGGCUCCAAAAUUAACCAUAAAUCUGGCAAUUAUUUAUGGUACGGAUUAUUUAAAUUGGUUUACAUUACGAUCGAGACUGAACGAACAGCUCUGGGAAUAUUGAAUCGGUAAACAAGACCCCUCUUCGUUUUAGCUACAGCGUGAUCACAUACUUGAUUCAGACUGGCUUUUCUAAAGCCAUAGAAGGCAAUUGCGACAAAUACAAGACCGGAACUUUAAAUAUUUAUUAAAGAUGGCGAAGGCAGACUAUCGCAUGGGCCACAGGGACAGCUCGGACCAGAACUUCGACUACAUGUUCAAGCUCCUGAUCAUCGGGAACAGCAGCGUGGGCAAGACCAGCUUCCUGUUCCGCUACGCCGACGACUCCUUCAGCAACUCCUUCGUCAGCACCGUGGGCAUCGACUUCAAAGUCAAGACCGUCUACAGGAACGACAAGAGGGUGAAGCUGCAGAUCUGGGACACGGCUGGUCAGGAGCGCUAUCGAACCAUCACCACGGCGUACUACAGGGGCGCCAUGGGCUUCAUCCUCAUGUACGACAUCUGCAACGAGGAGUCCUACAACGCCGUGCAGGACUGGGCCACCCAGAUCAAGACGUACUCCUGGGACAACGCCCAGGUGAUCCUGGUGGGAAACAAGUGUGACAUGGACAGUGAGAGGGUGGUGUCACCUGAGAAGGGCAAACACCUGGCUGACCAACUGGGUUUUGAAUACUAUGAGGCGAGUGCCAAGGAGAACAUUAACGUUCGACAGGUUUUCGAACGGCUGGUGGACAUCAUUUGCGUGAAGAUGUCUGAGAGAGUGGACACGGAACCACCCAUGGUCACCGCAGCCAAGACCACCCGGCUCACCGACAAGCCGGCCAGCCUGCCGCAGAACUGCAACUGCUGAUCCCGCCGUGUCCAGUAUCACCCCCCCCCCCCCG